CAAAGCCGAGAAAUUGGAAAAGAGAGAGCCCUGAGAGGAACUAGGAAUCGGAGGUUGAAGACUCGUAGAGAGGUGGCGUAAAGCUGAUUUGUAAGAAAUCUUGUUAAAAUUAGUUGGUAGCACAGUUUUAAUUAGAGUUUACAACAAAGAAAGAAGACAUGGAGAAGAAGCAAAGGUCGAGGUUGAAUAUCGCUAUAAUUCAUCCAGAUCUUGGCAUUGGUGGAGCUGAAAGGUUAGUAGUUGAUGCGGCUGUUGAACUUGCAUCACAUGGGCAUAAUGUUCAUGUGUUUACUGCUCACCAUGAUAGAAAUCGAUGUUUUGAGGAAACUCUUUCUGGUAUCUUUGCUGUUACUGUAUAUGGUGCUUUCCUGCCAAGGCAUGUUUUCUAUCGGCUUCAUGCUAUAUGUGCAUAUCUGCGAUGCAUUUUUGUUGCUCUCUGUGUGCUGUUGAAGUGGCAAUCAUUUGAUGUUGUACUAGUAGAUCAAGUCUCAGUUGUUAUCCCAUUGUUGAAACUUAGAAAGUCAGUAAAGGUUGUUUUCUAUUGUCAUUUUCCAGAUCUGUUGCUAGCUCAGCAUACAACUCCUCUGAGGAGAUUGUAUAGGAAACCUAUUGACUUCAUUGAAGAAAUGACUACUGGAAUGGCGGAUAUGAUAUUGGUUAACAGCAGUUUUACUGCAUCUACAUUUGCGAAUACAUUCAAGCAUCUUCAUGCACGAGGAAUUCAACCUUCUGUUCUUUAUCCAGCAGUCAAUGUGGAUCAGUUUGAUGAACCCCUCUCUUACAAGUUGAAUUUUCUUUCCAUAAACCGUUUUGAGAGGAAAAAGAAUAUAGAGUUAGCAGUUUCAGCUUUUGCAAUGCUUCAUACUCCUAAAGGAGAUGUCCUUAAAAAUCAUAAUUUGGCUGAUGCUACCUUAACUGUUGCAGGAGGAUAUGAUAAGCGCCUGAGGGAGAAUGUUGAGUACUUGGAGGAGCUCAAAAGCUUAGCAGAACAGCAAGGGGUGUCUGACCAGGUCAACUUUAUUACAUCUUGUUCGACAGCUGAAAGGAAUGCUCUUCUCUCUGAAUGCCUGUGUGUCAUUUACACACCAAAGGAUGAACACUUUGGCAUUGUUCCAUUAGAGGCAAUGGCAGCUGGUAAACCUGUUAUUGCAUGCAACAGUGGAGGCCCUGUUGAAACAGUUAAGAAUGGGGUAACAGGGUAUCUUUGUGACCCUACAUCUCAAGAGUUCGCGUUGGUUAUGGCUAAAUUCAUGGAGGAUCCAGAAAUUGCAAAGAGUAUGGGAGGAAAGGCCCGACAGCAUGUCAGAGAAUCAUUCUCUACAAAGACUUUUGGCCAGCGUUUGAAUCAAUUUCUUAUUGAUGUUUCUAGGAGCAAGAAGGAUUGACAAUGGUAAACUUAUUUUGAAGAAUGACCAUAUACAUACAGCAUACAUGACAAUGUUCGAAACACUAACACAUUAUACAUAUCAUUAUAUAUUGCACAAGGUGACAUGUGAUUACUUGGCAGUGAACUAUUUGAAAGCAAAUAUCGUUCUGGAAACUUUACCAUGAUGUACCAACAUCCUUAUAAAAAAGAAAUAGCUCUAGCUGCUUUUGUGCAUUGGCACAUGCUGUACUGACAGACAUCUUUGUUGAUUAUUGAGAAAUAAAUUGAUCUACACAACCAUCAAGAAGUUCAAACAUUUCCAUGAUAGAAGUGUUUCGUCCAUAUUCUUACUGGAAUCUUAGAGUAUCUGAAGUUUUAUAUAUGACUUCAUUUGGGAUAUAAAUGCAGUAACAAUCUCGGGGCAGUUUUCAGUAACCCUCUUAGCUUUUGUUGUUGCUUAAAUGAUUUUCUUGUCUCAGUGUCUGCGUCAGCAUGAUAAACUCUGGUUCAUGCCACAUGGACAUGAUUGUAUGGCUUUUCAUUCCGAUUAGGCUUAAAGCUUCCAAGCUCACUCAGUAGCUUUUUAAAUGCUAAGGACCAUGAUUCCAGUGAUCAUGAUUUCAUAUGCUACCCAUGUGUGCCAUUAAUGUUGCAGUAAGCCGGGGAUGGAUAAGACUGUAUAUGGCAGAAAACUGUGUAAUAGUUCACUUUCUUCUUUUAGCUUGUUUUGGCCUUUGCAGGAUUUACUGGAUUGUGAAGUCCUGAGAGAUGAAACUUCCAUACUAAUUAAAAAGCUGCUAAAGUGAAGAGCGUUUGGGUGUUGUACUACAACCUCAUUGUGAGAUUCCCCUUGUGCGUUACAUGUAUCUUCGAGGAUCAAUUUUAUUAUCAGAUUUUGAUUAUCCAAAAUUUUGUAUGCUUCUUUUGGUUUAUGUACACACACUUUGUGUUUUCUCUACUCUUUAAUGAUUUCGAAUGUCUCAAACAUCAUUAGUUAUGAGAGAACUUAUCGUUACAAUUUCAACGA